AUGGGACACGGUGCCAAUGACAAGCUGUUCAUUACGCCGUCCGAGUACAGCGGCGUAUAUGGGCAGCAUGGCGCCACGAAAGGCGCACAGCGGGAAAAGCCGGUGAUCGUGCCGUUCCAUAUGUGUGCGAUCACGUACCAGCCAUGGACGCAGCCGGCGUGCCUCGUCCGUGACGGCCUCGUGUGUGACAAGGAGGCCCUCGUCGCGUUUGUGCAGCACUAUGGCAAGAGUCCCGCGAGCGGCGAGCCUGCGACGUUGGACGAGAUGCUCGACCUGCACAUAUCGCGCAACGAGCGUGGGCAGUGGUACGACGCUGUCUCGAUGCGCGAGUUCACCGAUCACAGCCACAUGGUCGCGAUUCGGCCCUCGGGGCACGUAUACCUCUUUGAGACUGUGCAGCAGCUGAAUGUCAAGCCGAAAAUGAUGCGCGAUCUCGCGACAGACGUACCCUUCACCAAGAGCGAUAUCAUCACGCUCCAGGAUCCGCAUGACCUCGGCCGUCGCACGAUGCAACAAAUGUACCACGUCCAACACCACCUCACGUUGGCGCCGAAGCCUACGUCAGAGGACGUGAAUGCCGCUGCGACGGGCAGCACACAAUCCCUGCUGGCGCAGCUUCGUCAGCACCGGCAGCCCAAAGAACAGGCACGCGACACACCUCGAGAGGCGCAGGCGGCCCGUACGACGGGCACAUCGACCGGCCGCUCAGCCGCGAGCUUUACGUCGUCGAGUCUGACGCCUCGGACACGCACGGAAGAGAUCGCCGUCGACGAGGAAGCCGCCAUGUUCGAGGCGCUGUCGUCUCGCCAGACCAAGAAUGCCGUCGUGCGUCUGCAAACCAACUUUGGCGCGUUGGUACUCGAGCUGUUCGUCCACAAGGCGCCACGCACCUGCUACAAUUUUGUGGCACUGUGUCAACGCGGCACCUACCACCAUACCACCUUCCACCGCAACGUGCCGGGCUUCAUGAUCCAAGGCGGCGAUCCUACGGGGACAGGGCGCGGCGGCGAGUCGAUCUGGGGCCAGCCGUUCGAAGACGAGCUAUGCCUUCCCGGCGCGCAUCGACACACGAGCCGCGGCAUGGUGUCGAUGGCCAACAAGGGCGUGAACACGAACGGCUCGCAGUUUUUCAUCACGUACCGCGCGACGCCGCAUCUCGACGCAAAGCACACAGUGUUUGGCACCCUACUCGGCGAGGACUCUUUCCGCGUGCUGGACGCGCUGGAACGCGUGCCGAAUGUGCCGGACACGACGCAGCCCAUUCGACCGAUCGAGCUGAUCGAGGCACAAGUAUUCGAAGACCCCUUCGCUACGUACAUCGAGCGCCGCGACGCCAAGGCGCGCCGCGAGCAUCCAAACGACGAGGAACGAGCGCGUCGUGAGCUCAAGCGCCGCAAGCGCGAAGACGAUCGGACCACGUGGCUCGGCACGCGCUUGCCCACCAAGGACGCGUCGUCCACCGAUGCACCGCCGUCGAUGACGGCGCCCGCGGACGAGCACGGCCUAGCGAGUCUCUCGACCCGCCAGCGCCGCCCAAGUCCGCCGCCUCGCCGCGCACGUCGCAGCGGCUUUGGCGACUUUCAGGGUUGGUAG